UCUUGACUGCGCUGCUUUCUGUUGUUUUCACAUCUGUGCAACGAAAAAAAAGCAGCUCAGCACGUUGUUCGCCUUUCUGUUCCUUUAUUAAGUUAUGGUGGGUGGCACGGUGCAUGCGGAUCGUCCUGCCUUGAAAACCGAAUAACGCACGCUGGGCAAGAAUAUAAAACUCUUGUGUUCCGUUUACUAGAUUAUUGACCGGUGGUUGUUUCCAGGUAGCGAUAAGGAGAAAGGCAAUGGAGAAGGACAGACGAUCGUCCAAACAGUAUGGGUCUUUGGAAAGCACAAAACGGAAUGCAGAGUCUGCAAAAGACGAAGACAUUGUUUCAAUGGCAGAUUCCACAAUAACAAUCGAUGACAUAGAAGGGGAACUUUUCAAAAUUGAGAGAAUACGAGAUGUCCUGGUCAGGAGAGAGUCUGAGCUCCGAUACAUGAUGGACGAUAUUCAGCUUUGCAAAGAAAUAACACGGCUCAAGAAGGAACUGCAGAAGCUAGUUUCAAUACCAGGCAAAGACAAAUCCAAAGAGGACAAGUUGAAGGAAGAGGAGCUUCUGCAGCAGAUCCACAAGCUGGUGGAGACCCGAGACUUCCUGGUGGACGAUGUGGAGUUUGAAAGGCUGAGGGAAAGAGAAGAAGACAAAGAAAUGGCUGACUUCUUGCAGUCUAAACUGCCUACAAGUUGUAUAAAGAAAACAAAUCCAAUAAAAGAUAAGAAGUUGACUUCUAGAGCGCAGCAAACCUCAACACCUUUCACCACCAAGACUGGGCUGACCCUGCUGAAGGAAUGCUGUGGCUUCACCUGCUCCAUCAUGUAGAAGGCUUCCUCCCAGGGGCCAGUGGAAAGGAUUCUUUCGACGGACGGACCAGCACAGAGACUUAGCGUGUGGAAGUGAAGAGUCAUUUCAGGGGGCACUGCACCAGCUGAGGGGACUAACGAUGCACAAGGGUUAGAGAGUGUAUGUGCUGUCCAGCUCUGUGUGUGUGCACUGUCUGUUUUUAUUCUUAAAGAGUUGCUUGGUCCCCAGUUGUCCAGUAUUGAUGCUUCAUCUUCGAUAGAGCAGGGUGGGCCGUCCAGUCUCUGUACUACCCUUAUAAAAGUUUACCACAGUAAAUCUGCACAGUAACUUUGCAGUUUUCCAGUGCUUUUUACAUGGUUAUGCUAUACAGUACAUCUACCAUAGUCUACCACGGUUUGUCACGGUGUUUUAAAUUUGCAUUUAACAUAAUUUACCUUUUUUUUGUAUAUGCUUUACCUUACCUGCUUUACAAUGCUUAUCUAUGCUUUACCAUACCUCUCAGUGCUUUACAAUGCUUCCCUAUGCUUUACCGUACCUCUUAAUGCUUUACAAUGCUUAGCUAUGCUUUACCAUACCUCUCUGUGCUUUACAAUGCUUAUCUAUGCUUUACCACACCUCUCAGUGCUUUACAAUGCUUCCCUAUGCUUUACCAUACCUCUUAAUGCUUUACAAUGCUUAUCUAUGCUUUACCAUACCUCUCUGUGCUUUACAAUGCUCAUCUAUGCUUUACCAUACCUUGUAGUGCUUUACAAUGCAUAUCUAUGCUUUACCAUACCUCUGCUUUACAGUGCUAAUCUAUGCUUUACCAUGCUUGCAUUAUGCUAUGCUAUACCUUUACUAUGGUGAACUUUUAUAAGGUUUGACGUUCUUAACCAGGUAGAUAUAGUCGCUCCAGCUGAUGGAAAUAAUCUAGUGUAUGCCUCCAGAGCCUAAGGGUAGAUCCAUGAAUAAGCUGUUAACUGUGUCUUUUUAAAUAUGUAGUGCAUGUUGCAGAGUUAUUCCAUGAUAAUGUGUGUUUUCAAGUAAUAUCUCACUGUUCAAUAAGGCUAAUCUUUGAUUAAGUAAAUUAUUAUUUUACUGGUGUUAAUUAAACGCCACUUAGCAGUUCAUUAUUAGUCUGUCUAAGUGUAUUGGAAUUAAAUUAUCAGUGAAUUAUUUACUGAAGAUGAAAAUAUAUUAAGAAUUGAACUUUUCUUGAUGUGUUGAUGAGUAAGGGGCCCAAGGCUAGUGUUAGAAUUUUAGUAAUACGUCUCAGUGGAUUUUCCAGACUUAACAAAGUGUAAUUAAGCACAGUGAAAGCAUGGUGGAGUAUAUGCAAGCAGUGUAAAGCACAGAGAGGUAUAGUAAAGCAUAUUCAAAAAUGAUGCAAAACCAGGGGAUACUGAUGAUAAAUGCAUAGUAUAACCAUAGGAAAAGCACAACAAAAUGACAGUGCAAAUUCACUGUGCUAACAUUGAAAGGGGUUCAUUUGUCAGUUUUCCUUUUCAAUUGACUUAUUUAUGGAUUUUCUUUUUAAGCUAGAACCACUUUAACUGUGUGCUUAUGUCCCACGGUCCCCCCUGCUGUUGAAAUGUCCAGAUUGAAGACAUGUAAAAACAUGUGAAGUCCCUGACACACAAUAUCAGAACGCAGCCCGCACACUCAUCCUUUUGAAAUGCUUUAAAGAAUUGUAAGAGCAUGUCCUUGAGUUCUGCCGAGGUGGUGAGCAAGGGAGGCACGAAUUACACUAAACACUGUCAUCAGCAGUGUUAUUUACCUGAAAUGCAAAAUCUGUCGCUUGUGAACACCUUAUGCUGUUGGUUUCUGUUAGCUUUCCUCCUCUUGCCCGCUACGUCUUGUAGUUGAGAUGAGAAGCGUCGGUGCUAACCUGGUAAACAAACACAUUUGAACCUGAAAAGCACCAAUGCCAUAUUGCAGCUAACCAAGGAACGCUGUCUCUCUAAACAGCUCAGAACUCUGAUGGUUGCUAGAGGCUCUUCAGUGAACAGUUUGGUUUCCAUAACAACAAGAAGCCAGCAGUGCACAUCUGAGGAUUGUAAGGAGCUUAAGUUUGCCUUCUCGGCACCCAAGUCCAAGCUUGUAACUUGCCAAUUUGGGAGGUCAGAGUAUUUCUUACUGGAGCUAGUGUAGUGUGCUUCUGUUUACAACUAAUAAACACCCUUUUAAAUAUAGGUGGUUGUCACACGGCUGGCUGAGUGGUGACGUCAGAACCAGGAAAUUAAUACACAGACACAGGACAGAUGAGGUGAAAUGAUGAAAACGCUGUUGCGCGGUUUAUUAUAAAAUAAAAGGUUUAAACAGAAAACAGGACACGGCACUUGAGGCCAAAAUAAAUAGACAAACAAAACGGACUAACACUUAAACAAACGGUGGCUGAACAGACAAACAAACACGGUGAGUAAAUAAACAAACAAGUAUCGUGCUGGUCCUACCAGCACGCGAUAGCAAUUGUUAUAAAUAUUUAUCUUUAACUUUAUUUCUCCUCCUCUCUCUCUCCCGUUCACUACUCACCGAACACCCAACCCCGAGUGAAUGCUACGUGUCUCUAUAUAUACUGUUGUGCUGGGAUUCAAUUACUAAUUAAUUAUUCACUUGAAACCCCGUGCUCACAUAUUAUUACAUACUUUAAAUGCACGUGAAGUGAUCCCAUGCCUAAAUAUAAUUAUACAAUUUAAAUCCUCGUGCUGCACACACCCUUUUAUAUCCCGUGUAACAACUACAAUACACAAACAUUUACACACAACACGCAACAUUCAACACAGAAAUGCACACAAGGGCAGGGCACAUUGCCACAGUGGUCCAUAAUGUUUUAUUAUAGUAGGAAUAAACAGCACAUCUUAGGCAUGUAUGUAAGUAUGUAUGUAUGCACAUAAUACUGUAUGUGUGUGUGUAUGUAUGUAUGUAUGUAUGCAUGUAUGUGUACAUGCAUGCAUGUAUGAAUGUAUGUGUGUGUGUAUGUAUGUAUGUAUGUAUGUAUGUAUGUAUGUAUGUAUGCAUGCAUGUGUACAUGCAUACAUGUAUGAAUGUAUGUAUGUAUGUAUGUAUGUAUGUAUGUAUGUAUGUAUGUAUGUAUGUAUGUAUGUAUGUAUGUACAAUAAAAAACUUGAUCCAAGCCUGACCAGCUGCUCCUGUGUAUCAUGUCAUGUUGUGUAAAAAGCUUAUAGAAAACAUGUUAACCACUCCUCAUUCUCCUUCUGUCUCUCUCUCUCUUACAGUACUUAAAAAAGGCUGUAUUUUUAUUAUGUGUGGAGGACAAAAAUAUUUUCUGAACAAUAGAUAAUGGUAGUUUAACUGUAUGGGUCAGUGUAUGUUUGUGUGUGUGUGUGAGUGUUUAUUUAUUUGUUGAUUCUUUUAAAUUAUUUUAAAUUAAUAAAUUAAUCCACCAAUAAAUUAAUACUAUCGUCGAAGCUUUUUGAGAAUGAAGUUAUGUAACCAUAAGCAUGCCAGUAAAAUUUUACUGGCAUGCUUAUGGAUUUGACUAGUUCUCAUUGGAACACUUGUCAAAGAAUUGUACUCAUUUCUUCUUAGUAUUUCUCAAAGGAUAGUAGAACACAUUUGAGUUUCUUUCUCAGAAUGGCAGACCAAACGGGAAAAGCAGGAAUAAUAUAAACUCAACAGGUGUCAGUAUUCAAAUCUUCCACUGUUUAGAUAUUGAAAAUCAAUGUUAACACCAUGUGUAAAUAAUGUGUGGUUUCAAUAAAACUCUGUGCUUGAACGAACAGCACUGCAUUGUACCGUGUUUAAUGAUAGUAAUAUUCUUUUGUGUCGUUUUCAUAAACAUUCCAGGGUGUGGUUUUGUGACUGAGAAAGAAUGCCUUAGCCUGUGUGGUGGUCCUUUGGCUCGGGUACUGUAUAACUAUGCUUGUAUGUACAAUUGUAUGCUUGUAUGUACAACUGUACAAUUUUACUGUCUGUUUUGUAAUCAAAUAAAAGUAUUGGAGAAAAAAAA